ACACGCAUGCGCGUCCGGCUGCGUGUGAGCGUCGGCCUGUCCAUGCCACUGGUGUUUGCAGACAAUAACGGGUUGCGCCAUCGUUAGCUGGUUCUCUUUGUUCAAUAAACGUCGCCGGCUCUUGCUCCUCGCAUCAAUCGGGCUUGCGCAGAUUCCGAAUCACGGAGGGAAAGGAAAGUUGCAAUCAUGUCGGGCGAUCAAAUCACCUCGCUGUGCGAACAGUUGAUGAAGGCGGUAAACGUGAUCAUGGAUGGAGGCUCGAGUUCACGCUACCGGCUGGAGGCCCUGAAGUUUUGUGAAGAGUUCAAGGAGAAGUGUCCACACACAGUGCAGUGUGGGUUACGUCUUGCUGAGAAAAACAAUACUGGUAUAGUCCGCCACUUAGGACUUCAGAUUCUGGAGCAUUCCAUUAAAUUUCGAUGGAAUGGCAUGUUUCAUCGUGAAAAGGUCCAGCUGAAGAAUAGUGUGAUGACUCUUCUUUCACGUGGUACUCACAAUAUCAUGGUGGAAGAGGCUUACAUCAAAGAUGCCCUUUCCCGGAUUGUGGUAGAAAUGAUCAAGCGGGAGUGGCCACAGCAAUGGCCAGAUAUGUUAAAUGAGAUGGACAAACUAACUGCCAUGGGAGAGACUCAAACAGAACUGGUAAUGUUGAUUCUAUUGCGACUUGUAGAAGAUGUGGUAACAUUUCAGACUAUACCCGUUCAGCGACGCAAGGAUAUCCAGCAUGCACUGGCUCAAAAUAUGAUGCAGCUCUUCAGUUUUCUAUUAGACAUCUUGCAGGAACACACACAGAAUUAUAAACAACUGAAAGGAAAUGCUACUGAAGAAAGCAAGGCCAAGGCACACUGUCGAGUUGCAAUAGCAACUCUUGGUACUCUGGCUGGAUAUGUGGACUGGGUUGCUCUGCACCACAUUGCAGCUGAUAGCUGCAAGCUGCUUGAAGUGCUGUGUAUGUUACUUACUGAACCAGAAUUGCAACUGGAGGCAGCGGAAUGUCUGCUUAUUGCUGUGAGCAGAAAGGGCAAACUGGAGGAUCGGAAGCCUUUGCUGGUCCUCUUCAGUGAUGCUGCCAUGCACUGUAUUUUGUCAGCUGCACAGACAGCUCAUGGAGCUGGGCUUGGGGAACAACACUACAUCUUUUUAAAGAGACUUUGUCAAGUACUAACAGCCUUGGGUGGACAGUUGACUGCACUGUGGGGUACUGAUAAAGAUGUUGGCCAACCUCCCAAUUUUAACAAAUAUUUACAAGCAUUCUUGGCUUUUACUAAUCACCCCAGUCAGUACUUAAGGUCUUCAACACAGAUAGCUUGGUGCUCAUUUUUAAGACAUGAACAUGUCUCAAAGGAUCCUGUUUUGCUGGAGGUCAUUCCACAAUUGUUACAUGCAACAAUGGCGAACCUUCUGAAGGUUGGAUUUCCUUCCAAGAGUGACAGCCCAAGCUGUGAAUAUUCCCGUGUGGAUUUUGACAAUGAUGAAGAUUUUAAUGCAUUUUUCAAUUCAUUCAGAGCACAACAAGGAGAAACCAUUAGACUCUCUUGCCGUUUAGCACCAAUGACUGGAUUCAACAUGGCUUCAGAGGCAUUGCAGUAUCAGCUUACAGCACUCAUUGAUGUUGGUCCAACUAUGUCUAAGACCGGCAAAGGACUUUGUUCGAUAUUUUCGCCAUCUUUUGUGCAGUGGGAUGCAUUGACCUUCUUCAUGGAGAGUGUGAUGAGCCAGCUUUUCCGAACAAUGGAACCUGAGCAACUUCCAGUGGCAGAUGGGAUAGAACUUCUGAAAGCUGUUUUAAGUUAUCAGACCCAUGACCCCCUCAUCCUGUCUUGCAUCCUGACAGCUGUGUCCACACUUUCUCCCUUCCUUCUCCACGAUGCCACGGUUCUGCCACAAGUUCUUGAAAAGCUCUUUGCAUCUGCUACUUUUGAAGUGGUUGAAGAAAGCCAGGCUCCAAGGACUAGAGCGGUGAAAAAUGUUCGUCGCCAUGCUUGUUCUUCUAUACUGAAGAUGUGUCGAGAUCACCCAGAACUGAUUAUGCCAGUCUUUGAAAUGUUCUAUGCCCAUGUCAAACGUCUACAACAAGAUGAAAGGCAACUUACACAGUUAGAGAAGUGUGCUUUAAUGGAAUCGUUAGUUCUUCUGAGCAAUCAAUUCAAGAAUUAUGAACGACAGAAAGCUUUCCUGGAGGAGCUCAUGGCCCCUGUCACUAACCUUUGGUUGUCUGAGGAAAUGCAAAGUGUGCUGUCAGAUCCAGCGAUGUUUCUUUCAUACAUUGGUGCAGAUGUCACUCCCGAUGAUCCAAUUCGAGAGGAUCCUGCAGGCAUCAAUAGAUCUAGGAUCAGCUUGUGUGUUUACACCAUACUUGGAGUUGUGAAGCGGGCUCGCUGGCCUACUGACCUGGAGGAGGCAAAGGCCGGAGGGUUCGUGGUUGGAUUCACACCCAGCGGGUCUCCGAUCUACCGCAACGCCUGCGCUGAGCAUGUCAUCAAACUUCUUGACAACCUGCUCGCCCUGAUAAGGACUCAUAACAAUCUUUGGCUCCCAGAAAUGUUGGCACAGCUGAGCCCCCACUUCAUGAAAGCCCACGACAUGCUGGAAGUGGAAAAAAAUGCUAUCCUUGGUAUUCCACAGCCUUUACUAGAUCAUGUUGAUGCUCCUGUCUACAAAUCUGUUCUGGAACGAAUGCAAGGAUUCUUCUGUACCCUGUAUGAUAACUGUUUUCAUAUCCUCGGGAAUGCUGGACCAAGUAUGCUUCAAGAUUUUUUCAACAUAAGUAAUUUUGCAGAGUCUGUAAUAAACUCUGCUUUUGUGAAUCUGGAGAAUAUUCCUGACUAUAGGCUCCGUCCAGUGCUCCGUGUCUUUGUGAAGCCUUUGGUCCAGUCCUGCCCACCUGAACAUUAUGAAGCUGUGCUGUGCCCAAUUCUUGGACCCCUAUUCUCCUAUUUACUGCAGAGACUAAGUGGCAAAUGGAUUGUCAUCAACCAAAGAGGCUUAUUGGAGGCUGAAAGUGGUGGUCCUGAGGAGAAUCCAGAGUCCCAAGAAAUGCUGGAUGAACAGUUAACACGCCUUCUCACUCGUGAAUCCAUUGAUCUAAUGACUGUAUGCUGUUGUGUUAAGAAAGGCCCAGAGUCUAUGUCAGGGGAUAUGGAUGAUGAUGAAAUGAUGAACACAAAUGACACUCCACAUGUUGGAUCUGAAGAACUUACUGAUCUUGGAAAAUGUCUGCUCAAGUCUGAGGAAAUCUGUAAAGCAUUGUUGGCAACUGCUUACAGUGCUGUGACUUGGAAUGACACUAUAACGUGCCAACGGGCAACUUUGCAGCUUUGCUGGCCAUUGAUGAAACAGGUGUUGUCUGCAACUCUACACUCUGAUGCAGCAAGUUGGUUUUUCAUGAAUGUGCUUCGUGGAUUACAGAUGCACGGACAACAUGAAGGUUGCCUUGCAGCAUUGGUUAAUCUUGCUUUCAUGAUAUAUGAGGCUUUGAGACCACGUUAUCCUGAGUUAAAAACAGUGAUGCAGCAGGUUCCGCAAAUCUCUAGUGAUGCUUUGGAUCAAUUUGAUAUAAAACUUCUGAACCCAUCGUCUCAUAAAAUGGGCGAUAAGAAGAGAAAAGAUCUUUUUAAGAAACUCUUGACUGGCUGCAUUGGGAAACCACUUGGGCAGAAGUUCAAAAAAGAGGUACAUAUCAAAAACUUGCCCUUGCUGUUCAAGAAGCCAAAACCACAGCCCACUACACCUUUCGAAGAAACAACUGAAGACAAUAUCCUUACUCCACUCUUUGAUCCAAGAGCUCAGGACAUAUAAAGAGUACUUGGACUCUGUUACUUCCACUCUUGCUUAUGGGAAGUUAAAUGGACCUUAUUAUCUUGAUUUUAACUUUUAGUCUGUCUUUAGUUGUCAAGUGUUUAAUCAUCAUUAGCAUAGUGGAAAUUAGCAUAACAUGGCAACUUGAAGAUGACUGUCCAACUUAAAGAUUUAUCAAUCCAACUAUAACAAUUUGGUAGCCAGAUACUUCUGCUAAUUCGUUGAUUGCUGAUGGUGAAAGUUAAGUCCCCACAAAACAUCUUCAUUAUUCAUUCUACUAUCCAACCUGAAUAAAUUUUAAUGCAUUUUAUGGUUGAAAGAACAAUGAACUGAUCUGGUAUAUUGUUAUGAAAUGCCUUAACCUUUUCAAAUAUUGAAUCCAUAAAUUGGGUUUGCAGCAAUCUGUUUUCCAAGUGUUGUAACCUGACAAUGUCUGUGCUUGUUGUAUUUAAAAAUAAAUCAGAAAAAUACAUUGAAGUUUUGUUAAAAUAUUUUGUAAGCCAUUGUUUAAUAUUAAACUUGUCGGUCCAGUUUUGUGUAUAAAGUUUACCUUUAAUGCAUGUUAAGAAUCAGACCCACAUUAUUGCUGAAGAUUGAUUUGUUUUUAAAUCAAGUCUUUUGAGUUCAGAAACAGAAAAUAAUGGGAACCAGUAACUUCAUUUUAAAAUGUGUUUAACUUUUGUUUAGCAUUAUCACAUUGCACCUUCCAUGUGUUUUAAUGUAGAUUUUGAAAGCAAACUGGAAAUUAACAUUAAAGCAAUGGCUGUUUCUGUUCCAAGAAUUCUUGUGGAAGUCUUUUAUAGUGGCUGUAAAGGAGACCAAAUCUCCAUUUUCUCUUUAGCAUUUUCCUAGCUGCAUGCUGUCUGCAGUGUGAGCUCACUACUUAGUAAUAGAUUAAAAUCUCAAAGUAUUCAGUUUAUUUCUCCUCACUAUUUUGGCAUACCAUUAUUAACCGAAACACUUCACUUUUUGGAAGUAGGAAUAUACUUCUUGUCACUGCAAUAAACAUUGUGAUCCACAUUUGGAAGAAAAAGAUUAUAAUGUCAGCAUUUGGCACCUCUUCAGUACAAGUCAACUUUGCUUCCUAAAUUUUAAAUAGAACUGCCAACUAUAAAAGAGUAUUAGAUAUUAAAAUUUGACACUUGGCUUUGUUUAUAUUUGCAAUAUGGCAUGUUAAGUUGCAUUGCUUUUUAUUUAUACUUCAAGCACUUAUGUUGCAUGUUUCCUUAGAGUAAUCUCUGGUCUGGCUUUAAAACUAAUUAACUGAUGGCCCAUAAUGCUCCUUUGAACACUAUGAAAUGCUACAUGACUUUUUGACUUAAAUAUUUUUUGAGGUUUAACUUUGCUCAACGUUUUGUUUUCAAGCUUAAUACAGGAAUGAUUAUGAAUUGGAAGAAAGUAUUGUCAUUUUUGCUUUGAUUUUUAUUUCAAUAAAAUAAAUUCUAGACUGCU